GAAAAAGAGAAAAGACCAGAGUGUGAAAGCUCACCAUGGCCGCCCGGAUGUUGCAGAAGCGAAUCUCCUCCGUUCUCCUCGGCAAUCAGCCUCAUCUCUCUCAUGUCGUCAAAGAAAAAUCUGUUCCUUCUGCAUAUUCUAUCUUCAGCACAUUUCAGCUCGGUAAAAGAGAUAUCCAGACAGAAACAAGGCCAACUGACUUCACCAAUGAGGACCCUAAAUUUGAAAAUCAUGAAGAUGAUACCUUAAAGCUUAGUUGUGACUCUGAUGACCAACCAUCUGAGUCAUCUCCCGGCGGAUUUCAGCUUGGUAAAAGAGAUAUUCUGACAGAAACAGAGUCGGCUUUUAAGCCAUCUUAUGAGUAUUCUUUGUACGAAAAUGAAGAGGAGGCUUUAAGUGAGUCUGAAGACGAGGAUGAUUCAACCCCCAGAAAACUUGUUGAUAUCAAGAUCAAUGCUGAAUAUAACUUGAAAUUAUCCCCGAGGCAUGACCUUUGUAUAGUCUUCACUUGCUCAGUCUGUGAAACAAGAACAAUGAAGACAGCUUCUCGAGAAUCAUACGAGAAAGGUGUGGUGGUGGCACGCUGUAGUGGGUGCAGCAACUACCACCUGAUGGCUGAUAAUCUUGGUUUGUUUGGAGAGAAGUGUACCGUUGAGGACUUUCUGGCUGCCCGUGGGGAGAAGGUCAAGAAAGGUCAUUCUGAUACGCUGAAUUUGACCAUGGAAGAUUUUGCUGGGAUGGAUUUGGCUGCAAUUUCUGCAAAGGAAGUUGGCAAAACUUGAACUUCAGCCAUUACAAUCUAGUGUUAUGUAUAAAUUUGGAACAUAUCUUUAGUUAUGUAGAAAACCUCUGAAACAUAUCUUUAGCUAUGCAAUUUCAAUUUGGAAUGUCAAGCACCUGUGUUUGGAUCCUCUAAUGGAAGUAAUUCGCCGCAUCAUCUUUC